GAACUUGCCGGGGACCAUCAUAAGACAAGUUCAACUUCCAUUAUUCUCCUCCCUCCCCCGUCAACCCCCCAAAAUACUGAAGGGAAAGUGGGAGAUAAAGUUGUAGGAAGGAAGAGUUGUGAAGGAGGCAGACAAGUAUGGCUGCUACACUACGUCAGACUCCUCUCACUUGUAGUGGUCAUACACGACCUGUGGUUCACCUGGCCUUCUCUCAGCUCUGUCCUGAUGGAUACUUCCUCAUCUCAGCUAGUAAAGAUGGAAAGCCAAUGCUACGUCAGGGCAAUACUGGUGACUGGAUUGGAACAUUUGAGGGUCAUAAAGGAGCAGUAUGGGGAGUAGCUCUUAAUGCAGAUGCAUCACGGGCAGCCACAGCAGCUGCAGACUUCACAGCCAAGAUAUGGGAUGCUGUGUCUGGGGAAGAGUUGCACUCCUUCUCACAUUCCCAUAUUGUGAAGACUGUUGCAUACUCUCCAAAUUCAGUUGAGCUCCUAACUGGUUCCCAUGAAAAACUUCUCAAAAUAUUUAACCUAGAAAAACCAGAAACAGAGCCUCAGGUUUUUGCUGGUCAUACUGGAGGCCUAAAGCAUGUACUUUUCAUGAAUGAUGGGAAACAGAUGGUCAGCUGUGCUGAAGACAAAACCAUUCGUGUCUGGGAUAAAGCAUCUUGCCAGGAGAUUCAGAAGCUGGAGGUAGCUCAUAAUCCAACAAGUAUGGAGCUGAGUGCUGAUGGCAAAACAUUGACAGUGGCAUAUGGCUCUAAAGUUGCAUUCCUCAACCCAGAAACGUUAGAACUUCAUCGUGAAGUGACCGUCCCAACAGCUGUGUACUCUGCUUCUCUCCAUCCAGAUCGCUCUGUUUUUAUCUGUGGUGGUGAAGACUUUAAGAUGUACAAAUUUGACUACAACACUAAUGUGGAGAUAGAAUCUUUUAAAGGCCAUUUUGGUCCAGUCCAUUGUGUUAGAUUUAGUCCUGAUGGUGAGCUUUAUGCCUCUGGAAGUGAAGAUGGCACAUUACGACUUUGGCAGACAACUGUAGGCAAGACAUAUGGACUCUGGAAGUGUGUAGAUGCUCCAAAUGAAAAUAAUAUUCCCAUUAAACCAGAGGCUACUGCUUAGUUCUUUGAAGCCAAAGCUUUUGAUCAUUGCAUAAUAAUACUUUAAUUUAAAUUUCUAUGUACAUUAAUUUCAUUUUAAAUGUGCUCUGAAUAUGUAAUACAGUAUACUGUAUUUAUAUUUUUAAUGAAUGCUAAUUUUUUCAUUAAUCAGCUUUACAGUCAUGUUAACUUUAAAUUUGAGUACAAUAUUGGGAUGAUAAAUUUUAUAACUAACAGAGUAUUAUUUUUCUAUUGUAUAAUAUAAAUACGAAAGGUAAACAGCAGAUGAUAACAGUAAUGUGAUCAUUUUUGUGGGAUUUUGUUUAGCUGUGAUCCUCUUGAUAAAGCAGUUGUUGCCUGACAUACUUGUGUAUAGAAUCCAUCAAGGAAUCCAGCUCAGGUUGACUUAUAACUGAGCUCCCAACAUCUUGAAUGGCAAAUAGUGUAUUGUUUUAUACUGGUUAUCAUUAAGUUAAUUUACUUUUAAGUACAGUAUUUCUAAACAUAUACUGUACAGGUAUAACUUUGUAUUCUUGGUGCCUUAGGUAAAUAUGAAUGAAUAACAGCUAAGUUAAACAAUUAAAAUAUUAGGGAGGGCUUCUUGCCUUUUAUUAAGAAUACUACCAUAAUUUAAAUACUUUCUGAUAAGAGGUGCAAGUGAAUGACCCUACACAUUAUGUAAUGUUUUCAGGAACCCUCAGUACCUCAGGUGUUUGGUAAACUAUUUCAUAUUAUUUAUGUUGUUGGGACCUCCUGGUAGAUAACUUGGACCCUUAGCUUAGUAGAAUAUCAAGGAUCUAAAACAUUUUUUUUAUUUUCUUUCUCACUUGUUUCCCCCUUUCAAUGCUAGUGAGGGGCUCUUGAUCUAAAGUAUGGCACCUAUCCUCCCUUUCCUUGGAUUGAACCUGAUUACCUCCCAUUCCACCAGGUGCUCCUCUUCAAGGGCGGCUCCUUGGCGUGGUGAAGAGGCUCUUGGUCUGAGGAAUUAGACCUGUCGGUCUCCUUCCUCAGACCGAACCUAAUUACCCCCCAAUCCCCCCUUCCCCAUCCCAUCUUCCCCUUUUUCCUUUCCUCCUCCUCCUAAUCCCCUCCCCUCCCUUUUGCCCUUCCUUUUUGGCCUUUGGGAUUUUUUCCCACAGGCACGCUAGUUCCUAGGUAGGGGAAAGGGUACCGGGGUCCAUCCCAUUCCGUUGAGGUUCUUGGCGGUGGCUCAGUUUGCCGUGGAAUCUGGAUUGCCUGGGGAUGUCCCGAUCCCUCUCUGGUAUCCCGGAGGGUGGCUUUGGGUGUCCUUCGGGCGACGGAUGUAUCUCUGGAAGCCACCUUUCGGAUUCCGGGGGUGGUGGCUGGGGGAGGUAUGCUUUGUGGCGGAUAUCCGGCCGCCCUCUCUUUUGUCCACCGAGGUAGCUCGGCAGAUGUAAGGUUGCUAUCCCGAAUUGCUGGUUUACUGGCAUGAUGGGUGGGGUAUGGCACGGGUUCCAUGCUACAUCUGCACUACUUGCGGUGCUGAGGUCUUCUUGGGCAGAGGGAGAUUUCUGGCACUUUCAUUCCUCCUAGGAACUAUCCCUCCCCGGUCCCCCCCUUUUUUUAUUCUUUUUUUUUAUUUUAUUUUCUUUGCUUCUUUCUUUUUUUUUCUUAAAAACAAAAAGAAAGAAGUAACCUAACCAUGGAAGACCUAGUCCAUGAACCUGGUACCCCCGGGCCCCUUCUUGAUACCGCACCCCGUUCUGACCCCGCCUUGUCUUUAGACCACUCUUCGGACACUCCUAAUGCCUCUGUAUCUCUUGCCGGUGCUGUUUCCUCACCCGCUUCAGGUACUGAGGUCUCGACUGACUCCUUCGAUUUAUCUGACCUCCGCUCUCCUUUGACUAUGCUUCCGGCCUCUCCCUCUACGGUGCGGCAAUUUUCGAAUCGCCGGCCCGUUCCACGUCAGACCAACUCUGGUCCCACUCCUAAACUCCAAUAACAAUUACCUGCUGAUGAUACUUCUCCACCUACUCAUUCUUCUCAGAAAAGAUCGACACGUCCUGCACUCCCUUUCCACGCUCGGUUUCAGAACGCACAUUGGACUAAAUUCUUCACUUUACGACCGACUUCCUCUAUUGCCUAUCUUUCCGACCAUAGUAUUGGCAAGGCACUCCUACACCAUGGUGGUAAAGAUAUUUGUUUUCAUGCUCUUAAGAGCGGCAUGCACAUCAUCACUGUACAGAAUGCUACCCAAGCUCAUGAUCUUUCUCUUCUUUCCCAUAUAGAUACUGUUCCUGUCACUAUUGAAAAACAUCAUUCCCUCAAUUCUUGUAGUGGUACCAUCAUUCUGCCCCAUACCAUAGUUCAACAAAAUUUCCAGACGUGGCAAUGACAUUCUUGAACAGCUGGAACUCCAAGAUCUCCCAAUCCUCAAGGUAGACACUUAUGUUCUUCCUGCCCACGGGCGGAGACGAUACCCUAGCAAUGUGGCUCAUUUAACUUUUGACAGCCGUGAACUCCCAUCCUCAGUUUAUGUAGCAGGACAUCGGUUACAAGUUCGAAAGGUGAUCCCUACACCGCAACAGUGUAGAAAUUGCUGGCGAUUUGGCCAUCCAGCGAAAUAUUGCAGAUCUAUAGCCGAAUGCCCAGUCUGUGGUGCCGAUGACCAUUCUAAUACGUCUUGCAAUCGACCUCCCUCUUGCCUUAAUUGUCAUGAGGCUCACCCUUCGUACUCUUGCUGUUGCCAAGUCUACUUAAAUGAGCGGGAAAUCCAUUGCCUCAAAGAGGAAGGUCUCCCUUAUGCCAUGGCAGUUUCUCAUCUCCGCCUCCAAGGGAGACUACCUCGUGUUUCUUAUUCCCGUGUUUCAAAACGUCCCCCCACUUCUGGGGUCCCAUCAUCUGCAGCCUCCUCUGUGGUUACCUCUCCCAUAGUCACUUCUGUAUCUAAUUCUUUUGCUGUCCUGGGCUCAGACGUCCCUACUUCAACGCCUCAGUCUGUUCUCGCUUCUUCGUGUUCUCCCUCACAAGCCUCGUUAUCAACGAGAUCUCGUACGACACCACCUCCCAAUAGUCCCUCUACUUCUCAGAAGUCAAAAAAAGGUCCUUUAACCCUUCCUUCCCUUCUUCCACCUCCUCAUUUUACCUUCCCUGUCUCUGUACCUGGUUCUUCUCCUCUCACUGGCUCUGUUACAAGUGUAGAGGUUCACCCUCCUCUUCGUACUGUACCUUCCUCCCCUGUUCCCUCCCAAGUUUCUUCCUCUUCUGCCACCUCCCAGGUUUCUGCCUCUUCUGUCCCCUUCCACGCUUCUUCUCCAGUUCCCUCCACCCUUUUGCCCCCCCCCUACCUUGGUACAGUCCAUUACAGUUCCAAUCUUUACUCAUCCUCCCCCUACCGUCUCCAAUAUUGUCUCCCAUACGACGUCUUUGAAUUCCGAAACACUUGAAGCAAUCUCUGAAUAUAUUGCAGAGACCAAACCAUCAAUGGACACUGAUCCACCCUCUGUUCCUUCUCUCUCCUCUCCUCCAUCUACGCAACUCCUUUCUUCGCAACGCACCGUUCCUUCGCUGCUUGAACGUUUUCCGCUGCCACCACAUGUGGACUUUUCUAACCCCUCUAGUCCAUAGGAACCCUUACCUGCGGAUUUCAUGUAUCUUUAUCGUUGCCAAUCAUGGCCUAUUUACAGUGGAAUAUACGCGGCCUCAGGGGUAAUCGGGGUGAGCUUCAGAUGAUACUCCUAGUUUUCCCCUGAUGGUGUUUGCUUACAGGAACCAAAAUUACACUCUGCUGUUAUCUAUCCCAUCUCAGGCUAUAAUUUAUUGUAUUCUUCAGAUCCUUUUCCUGAUGGGACCUUUAAUGAAAGUGCCCUUAUUCUAUGCACUGAUAUUCCGUACCAUCAGCUAUUUGUUCGUACUUCGCUGCAUUACACAGCAGCCCGUAUCCACUUGCAUAGGUGGUAUAUGCUCUGUUCUUUAUCUCUCUCUCCUUCUCGUGCAUUAUCUAUCCCGGAUAUUGCCUUUCUUGUUUCGUCAUUACCGCCACCGCUUCUGUUACUUGGCGAUUUUAAUGCCCAUCAUUUCCUCUGGGGAGGGUCUCACUGUGAUUCCUGUGGCAUUCAGUUGGAGGCUUUUCUUGCUACCCACCCCCUCCAUCUUUUAAAUACAGGUACUCACACCCAUUUUGAUCCUCGUACUCACUCUCUUGCAUCGAUCUCUCAGUCUGCUCUUCCUCCGCCGCAUUAGACUUCACCUAGUCUGUUCUCCCGGAUUUACACCACAGCAAUCAUUUCCCAAUCAUUCUUACUUCCCCUUCAUAUUCACCACCUCUUCGUAUCCCACGCUGGUAAUUUGAUCAGGCAAAUUGGAACGUUUACUCACAACUAACUGUUUUUAGUGAGGUUCCUUCUUCGUCCUCCAUUGAUGAGCUUUUACACCUCUUCUUGUCCUCCGUUUUAACCGCAGCUUCUCAUUCUAUACCCCAAACUUCGGGCAGACAUUCUCAGAAAUGCGUGCCUUGGUGGUCUCCUGCUUGUGCUCGUGCAGUACGCUUGAAAUGCACUGCGUGGGGCAGGUAUCGGUACAAUAGAACCACAGAGAGACUUCUUGAUUUUAAGCAGAAGCGUGCGAUCGCUCGCUGUGUCAUCCGUGACACUAAACGCACUUGCUGGCGAGAUUAUAUCUCCACCAUCACCUCUGCUUCCUCUAUGAGUGCAAUCUGGAAAAAAGUACGAAAACUGAGUGGUAAGAAUUCUCCUGACCCGGCUCCUGUUCUGCGGGUUGCCGGUGUUGAUAUAGCAAACCCACUAGAUGUUGCCAAUGAAAUUGGCAAUCAUCUGGUCCGUAUUUCUCAGGGGCUCCACCUAUGCCCCUCGUUUCUUUCCUCAAAGUCUGCCAGAGAGUUAGCACCCUUGGACUUUUCUUCUCUCAGAGAAGAACAACGUAAUGUACCUUUUACACUUCAAGAACUGGAGGCAACACUCUCAGCUUGCCGAUCAUCAGCAGCUGGGCCCGACGACAUUCAUAUUCGUAUGCUACAACAUUUACAUCAGUCAGCCCUUGCAGUCCUCUUAUGCCUUUUCAAUCUUAUUUGGUCACAAGGAGUUCUUCCACAGCUGUGGAAAUCUGCCAUUGUUCUCCCUUUCCGCAAACCAGGUACUACGGGACAUGAAGCCUCCCACUAUCGUCCCAUUGCUCUUACCAGUGCAGUUUUCAAAGUGAUGGAAUGCCUGGUAAAUAAACGUUUAGUGUGGUAUUUAGAGACACACCAGAGUCUCUCCACUCGUCAAUAUGGCUUUCGUAAGGGACGUUCUACCAUAGGCCCCUUACUACGCUUGGAUACGUAUGUUCGUAAUGCCUUUGCGAAUAACCACUCAGUUAUUGCCAUAUUUUUUGACCUUGAGAAGGCAUAUGACACAACUUGGAGGUAUAAUAUUUUGGCCCAAGCCCAUUCCUUAGGCCUCCGAGGCAAUCUACCAUCCUUCCUAAAGAACUUUUUAACUGACAGACAUUUCUGUGUUCGGGUUAAUAAUGUGCUCUCCCCGGACUUUAUCCAAGCUGAAGGUGCCCCUCAGGGAUGUGUUCUGAGCACAACACUUUUUCUCCUUGCUAUAAAUGAUUUGGCCUCUAGUCUUCCAUCGAAUAUUUGGUCAUCACUCUAUGUUGAUGACGUUGCUAUUGCCUGUGCAGGCGCUGACUGUCACCUCAUUACAGUUUCUCUCCAGCAUGCGGUCGACAGUGUUUCCAAUUGGGCCACCACACAUGGGUUUAAAUUUUCCAGUACCAAAACUCGCCAAAUUACUUUCACUAGACGCUCUGUCAUCUCUGAUCAUCCUUUGUACCUCUAUGGCUCCCGUAUCCCUAAACGUGAUAGUCAGGUUUCUGGGCCUCCUCUUUGACCGUAGGUUACCCUGAAAACCUCACAUUACCUCUCUGAAGGCAACUUGUCACAGCCAGCUGAACCUUCUUAAAACCCUUGCUCAUUUUUCAUGGGGAGCUGAUCGUCGAACUCUCCUUCGCCUACAUUCCACCCUCAUUUUAUCGAAACUUGAUUAUGGUGACCAGAUCUAUUCAGUGGCCUCUCCUGCUACUGUCUCUAGCCUUAACCCCAUUCAUCACCAAGGAUUAGGUUUAUGCCUUGGUGCUUUUCGCUCUUCCCCUGUUGAGAGCCUCUAUGCAGAAGCGAAUGUUCCAUCCUUAUCCGAUCGCUGUGAUGCCCAUUGCCUUCGCUACUAUGUACGCUCUCAUGAUUUCCGCAAUCCUUCUAUUUAUAGAAUGGUCACUGAUAUUAGUAGACAUUAUUUGUUCGCCGCCCCUGUUUACUCCGUCCCUUCUCUCUUCGCCUACAUUCGCUCUUGUCUUCUCUUCAAUUACCACCUUUCUAUGUUCAUGUAGCAUCUCACUUUUCCCUAUACCCCUGGGAAGUUCCAGCCGUUCGAGUCUGUUCUUUCUCUCUCCCUUGCUCGAAAGCCCAACUGUCUACGGUCGCUUCCCGCUCUCUUUUCCUUGACCACUUCCACUCUCAUUCUCAUGCCAUUGCAGUGUACACAGAUGGCUCUAAGUCUUCUGACGGCGUAGGAUUCGCAGCAGUGUUUCCGGACAGCGUCGUACGAGGGCAUUUACUAUCUUCGGCUAGUAUUUUUACUACUGAAUUGUAUGCCAUUCUUGCAGCACUUAUCCGUAUUGCAUCUAUGCCUGUGUCAUCAUUUGUGGUUGUCUCAGACUCCCUAGUGCUUUACAGGCUAUACAGAAAUUUGAUACACCUCACCCCUUAGUCCUCCGUAUCCAACUUUGGUUAUGCCGCAUCUUUACCAAACAUAAAGAUAUUGUUUUUUGUUGGGUCCCUGGUCAUGUUGACGUACAGGGCAAUGAACAGACAGACACUGAUGCGCGGUCAGCAGUACAUGACCUACCAGUUUCAUAUAGAGGUAUCCCAUUUAUGGACUAUUUUGCUGCAAUAGCUACCCACCUUCACACCCGUUGGCAACAACGUUGGUCUACUAUGCUCAGUAACACACUUCAAUCUAUUAAACCGAGUAUAGGUUACUGGCUGUCUUCUUGUCACCAGUGUCGAGGCUGGGAAACUACUCUCUCCCGUCUUCGCAUUGGCCAUACUCGUCUUACUCGUGGAUAUCUCAUGGAGAGGCGCCCUGCUCCUCUCUGUGAGAAUUGUCGGGUUCCAUUAUCAGUCAGCCACAUUCUGUUAGACUGCCCACUUAAUCAACGAGCACGCAAAAUUUACCUCCAUCGUCGUCUUCGCUCCGCUGCUCUCUCUUUACCUUCCCUCCUCGCUGAUGGACCCACCUUUCAUCCGGACUCUCUCAUUGACUUUUUGACAACAACUGACUUACUUCACAAACUCUGAUACCUUCAGCCCUUUCUACCUCAAUCUCUUGCUACCCUCUACCCCUGCACUAUCCCCUGCCCCACUGUUUUCUGUAACCUACUGAUCAUCCCUCCUCCCUUCUGCCGCCCAAUACCCUCACUUCCUUCCCUACCCUACAGCGCUGUAAAGCCCUUGUGGCUUAGUGCUUCUUUUUGAUUAUAAUAAUAAUAAUAAUCCACCAGGUGCUGUUUGAGCCCCAUGGAUUUAGCACUCUUCCCUCUGCCCCUUCCCUUCCCAUGAAUAUAAUAAUACUUAUGAUCCUUCCCUUGCAUUGCUGAUAUCAGCCUGCUAGUCAAAUGGUUGUAAUUUGAAAUACAUAUUUAUAAAAUAAAAUUAAAGAAAACAUAAAUUUCCUUAUUAUAAACUAGAGUACAGUAUUUGAAAGUAGAGCAAGAUAGUGUGUGUAAUCAGGUUUGCCACACUUGCUUCAUAAGUGAUAGGGUGGGGAUUGCCACCCCAUUCAAAAGUAAUGGAGAGGGAGUUUUUCUGAGAUUUUUCAUUACACUCUGGAUUGUUUUUGUGACUGAUUUGUAGAUAUGCUUUACACAGUGUAACUAAUGGAUUUUGAAUGGUCUUGAUUGCCUUGCGAAGAUGAUUUCUAUAAUAUGAGAAGUUUAUCCUGAUAAUAACAAGUUGGUAAUGAUAGUAACAAAUUAUUAACCCUUUCACUGUCCAGACUCCCAAAAUUAAAAGUGCUCAGUGUAUACAUUAAAAAUCUGAAAUGGUAGAGAUUUUUUUUUCUGAAUGACACCCAAAAUACAAAAUUUGAUGGAAAGCUUAUGGAAUUAUACAGGCACAAAGUUAGGAGCGGUCUGUGUAAUUUACUCGUUGGCAAUUUUGCCAAUACAGUCCUAUUUUAAGCCAAUUCCAAUGCUCAACUCUACCAGAUUCUAAACUAUUUUGCUAGUAUAUCUUCCAUUCUAAUAAAUGAGCACAAGAAGCUGCCGCCCAUUCAACUAUUUAAACUGCUUUAUAAAGUGCACGGAAGUCAGUAAUUUGGCCAAUUUUACAGAAAAAAAAAUUCAAUUUAAAAACAGUCCAAAAUAAAUGCUGUAUACAUUCAAGGCACCAAAACAACAUCUCCUCUUUACAUGAGUCAUGUCCCCUAACCUCUCCUAUAUUACACUUCCUUACAUUUUGAAUUCAUAGCAAAAAAUCAAAGAUUUACCCUAUCUCUCAGAUAAUAAAAAUAUAACCAGGAAUGAUUGGCUAUGGUUAACAGCAUUCCAACAAUUUAAUCAGACCUAGUAAAAACACACAAAACAGACUAGGGAUGCAGGGAAGGCCUUAACCAUUCUCAGGAAAACAGGCAAAAAAUCAAAUAUUUUUGCUAUUUGAGACUGAUGUCAAGCUACUCCUGGUCCUGGAACCAACUAAAAUCAUCUCUAUUUCAGUAGUAUGUCUUCCAUUCUAUCAAAUGAUACCAAGAAAUAGCCAGUAGCCAUAAAAACUGUCCUACAAAAUGCCUCAAAAACUGUCCUGUAAAAUGCCUCAAAUUCACUAUUUUCAACUAAACACAAGGUCAGAAUUUUGCUUUUCCUAUUAUGUUCCGUAUGAGGCAGGAUUUUUUUUAUACUGUGCACACACUACACAGAUCCAUUGUCUCGUAUCCAAGCCAAAAUUUAAUGCUCGUAAUUUCUCUGAAUGAGCUGAGCUUAUGACAGAUCCAUGUGAUGGACCCUAGCAUCAGUAACAUACGUCUACUUGACGGACAUUGAAAGGGUUAAAGAUAAAAUGGUGGUAAUAAUAACAGUAUAUAAUAUGGAUAUCAGCAAGUUUAAAAUGUUAAUGUUCAUUGUUUUCUAGUGUUUUAAAUAAUACAGAUUAAAGUUGCUACAUUCUGAGAUGUGCUCCAUCCUGUUUUCUCAUCCAUCCCACCACACCAUUUUAAACAGAGCUCAUGUGUUAAUACCCUAUCUGCUCCCUAAUAAUGAUUUGUCAUUACCUCAUGAUGUAAUGUGCAUGCCCUAUUACAAUUCUGUCCCUGCAAUUGUGGGCUGUUGCCCAGAUGUACUACACAGGCCCUCUUCAGCUGAGCAUGGGCCCUCAGCAUAGAAAGUGUUCACUAUUCAUUCAGAAUCCAGAUCUUGAUUCCCUUUGUCCAUUUCCACCUUUGAGAAGUUUGCAAACAAAUAUUUUUUCAUAGAAUGCAAAACAGAACUAGCCUGAGACUUGCAGGUGGCUUCUCAAAGGGAGUGAUUCUGUUCAAAAAUAAGCAUCACUGUCAUUUCAGUCUGAGAAUUUUAAGAUGUUGGAACAUUAUAGAAAAAUAAAAAAUAUUGAGUUUUUUGGUAACACU